GCUCUUAAUUAGGGUCAUGCUCACCUCUUUGUAAAUGCUCUCCUUAUACCUCUCUCUGUUGCACAUUCUGUAGUUUACUUUAAAGUUCCUCAUUUCAAGCUGAACUUCUGGUAAAAUAUAACAGGGGAAGUUUUGAACCAGCAGCAAAACAAAAGGUGGGUUUAAGAGUUAGUUAAGAAAAACAAAGAUGGGUGAUUUUGGAAUAAAGAUUUUGUCAAGAAUAUUGGAAAGAAUUUUUGUUGCUGGGAUCACCUGCAUUUUUGCACUAGGAGGGGCAAUUGUUGGAAUUAUUACAGGAGCAAUCACAGGACAAACAACAGAAACAGGGUUUGUUCGCGGAGCUGGAAUUGGUGCCGUGGCUGGUGCUAUUGUUGCUGUUGAGUUGCUGGAGUCCUUGCUCAAUGGUGAUUCAUCGUCUAAGGUAGGAAUGUUUGGAAGCUUAAUAAAUGGAAAGAUAUUUCGGGAAUGGGUUUGCCCAGCAAUGCUCAAGGCUUAUCAAUGGCAGGACCAACUUUUUGUCAGUUUUAUUUCAUUGCAGGUGGGAACACUGGAAACGAGUUAUAUGGAAAUAUCUGACAUUUUCGAUGUUCAAGGGACCAGAGGAAUGCCUCCUGACUCUGUUGAUAAACUCCCAAAGUUCAACAUUAUUCGCAAUGGAACCGUGGAUCACUGUGGCGAGAACAACUCUUGUUCAAUAUGCUUACAGGAUUUCCACGAGGGUGAAAUCACAAGGGAACUACCAAAUUGUAAACAUCUGUUUCAUUUGCUUUGCAUUGACGGAUGGCUAAUUAUUCAAGCAUCUUGCCCAGUCUGUCGAAAGGAUGUUUAACACUAAUCAAGAUAAAGAAAAGACACUUCGGUGAUCCACAACACCCUUCAUCGAGACAACAGAAUAUGCACAAAAAGGAGACGGAUUCGAACCAAAAAUUCCUGGUCCUGUCAUGUAAAUUAAGCACCGUGAUCCUAAACAACAUGUACUUGAACACGAGAAAACAAACAUAUAUUUGCAUGGAAAAUUUCAGUUGGUAGCUGUUUGAAGAACUUCUCAAGUCUGAAGUCUUCAAACAACCAAGCACCUGUAACAUAAUCUUAAAAAGUAUGUAUGUACUCCUCUUGCUUGAAAGAAAUUCUGUUUGAUCUGAUAACCAAGAAUUUACAUAAAGCUGAAGUUGCCCAAGAUAUUGUUCUUCUUGUUAAGAGUAGAUUUGUCUAAGUUUCACUACACCACAGUCCAUGGGUCCAGUUCAUAUGUCAUGGCAUAUCCAAGGAACAAAUACUCAAAAUCCUAAAUGGUAGAGAGGAGUACUUUUGGAUGCCACGGAAUAUAUAGGUUCACUUUCAAUGUUAGAAUUAAGGUAUGCAUGGAAUAAUUCCUCGAACUUAAAUGGCAAAGCUAAGAGCUUUUGAUUGUCAAAAAGAGUAGAAGAAUAUCAAUAGU